GCCUUCGGUAAUUCGAAUUUACCGAAGGCUUUUCCGACGGUCAUUUUAAGUGUAGAUUACCGAGGGCUUUUGUCCUUCGGUAUUGGACAGCGAAAUUACCGAAGGCUUUGGACCGUCGGUAAGAGUCACGCUGAUAUAUGAUAUACCAAUUGGGUUUUCCCUCUAUCAAUUUCACUUCUUCGCGCCAGCUAUCUUUAUUCGUUCCCCAAUCCAGUUGAGUCCGAGAACAUUGUUUCUGCUUUGCUGCCAAUCACCAUUGUCUUCCUUCUUUGAUUGGCGGUGGUGAGGUUGCUUCGAGGUGGUUUGGUGGUCUGAGGAGGACGCGAGGCUCAAGGAUGCGUUUCUCGUUAGGGGUUAAGUUUACGAUUGAGGGGUUUUCGUUGACGGCUUACUUGCUACCUUUUGCGCCGCUUUCCAGGAGGCUGUCGGGGAGGGAGAGUGUCGAUAAUCCCUGCGGUGGACAUUUGGUGUUGUUUUUCUUCCCCUGUCGUCAAGGGCUUUGAUCAGGGCUGAGUCAUAAAAUGUGUGGAAGGUUCCAACACAGCGGGUUAAAGUUACCAACAGUUCAUCAUUUCUAGGUAGGGCUUUGAUCAGGGCUGAGUCAUAAAACGUGUGGAAGGUUCCAACACAGCGGGUUAAAGUUGCCAACAGUUCAUUUCCAGUACACCCUUCCCCUACUCUUGCAGUACACCUUCCCCCUACUCAUACUGUACACCAUCCUCCACCUACCCCUGUAGUACACCCUCCUCCUCCCACCCAUGCAGUACACCCUCCUCCUCCCACCCCUCCAGUACACCCUCCUCCUCCUACCCCUGCAGAAGAGCCUCUUCCUCCCCCUGACCCUACUUCUAUACCUUCCUCAUCUUCUAGACCGCCUUCUGAGACUGCCACACCAUUUACUGAUCCAGAUUCAGCUGAUGAUAGUGAUGUGUUGACCCGUUCCUCCAUGAUCAACCAUGGAUUCAGCCAUAUGGAAAAGGGUUUAUUCCAUCCAGGGUUGCUUCCCAGGCCAUCACACGAUCAAUUAAGCAACAGUAUUUGACUCCAUGGCCUACUUGGGGAGCAAUACCUAUAGAUGGCAGAAAGCCAUUCUGGGAGCGUUUUAAGAAGAUGCAGUGGAAAGCUGAACAUGAAAGUCAAAUACAUAGAAAUUUUCAGAUGAAAGCAUCUCAUCGGCUCUCAGAUAUGUUUAGGGAUGCCCGAAUUGCAGGGGAGCGCCCUUACUGGAUGGGCGAAAUCAUUUGGAACUCUUUGCUUGCACAUUGGAAUUCAGUAGAGUUUCGCAAGAAGAGUUACAGCCCAGAGGAACAGAGCGUCUGAAAAGGGUGGUGCCUUGCACACUGGCGGGUUGAUCAUAAUUCACGAGCAUUCCAUUCGUAUGGCACAAGCUCUUGGACUUGCGGUCCAUGUUGACGAGCUCUUUGCACAGACCCAUGUUCGGAAGGGCACUAAUGAAUUCGUUGAUGCAAGAUCUCGCAAGACUCAUGAAGAAUUUUCUACGAGACUUUCACAAGUUAGAUCCGAACAUGGGUCAGCUCCUACACCGGAUGAUGCAAGUAAUGCAGAUGACGACAUCCGUAGGACACAGCGCUGGGUCGAUGUCGUUGGUGGGAAGAAAAAGGGACGAGUCUACUGUGUAGGACAACUUGCUACAAACUAUACAGCAUCGAGAGGAGGUACACUGAAGCACCAACCUUCUUCUUCUUCCACCCCUUCUGCUGACGAGGCCAUCCAGCGCUUGACACAGCUACUAGAGCAACGUGACCAGGAAAACCGUGCAUUGAGAGAACAAUACACUGACUUGAGAGACGAGUUUUCAAGCUUCAAGUCCCUGGUCAUGAGAGUGCUGCCUCAAACUUCAGACACUCCUUCCACUGUCCCUCCGACCCAGCCACGACCCUCCCCGUCACCGACCGUCCCUCAUCAGCCCAGAUCAGUCCAGCCCACACCAGUCCAGCCCACACCAGUCCAAUCAUCUACAGAUGAGCAGGACGAUGAAGAUACAUUUGAAGACUUUGUACAAUUUUAGUUUCAUUUUGUUAUUGAUCAUAGUAAUGUUAGUACAUUUAGAUGUUAGUACAUUAUGAUAUUGGUACAUUUAUUUUUGCUUAGAAUUGGAUGAUAUUGCUAUU